UUUCGCAAUUUCUAUAUUCAGUUCCAAGCAGAAUGAAUAAUACCUUAUGUUAAAUCAGGGUAUUAAUUCAAAAUGGAAUCAAGCAAAAAUACAAUGCAAAUUAUUUGUAUAAUUUUCUUUGCAAGAGCCGCAUUUCUUGACGCUCAAAUAAACAAUGUUCGACUGGUAGGGGGAAACUCGCCGGCAGAAGGUCGAGUAGAGGUGUUGUAUAACGGAGAAUGGGGGACAGUGUGUGAUGAUAAUUUCGAUGACAAAGAUGCAGCUGUCGUCUGCUCAAUGCUGGGUUACAGCAGGAUGAAUGCUAAGAGUAAACAGCAAGCAUUCUUUGGACAAGGAAAUGGUAGAAUAUGGAUGGAUCAGCUAGAAUGUACAGAUUAUGACAGCAAUAUAUUUAACUGCUCACAGAAUAUUUUGGGUACACACGACUGUGGACACUACGAAGAUGCGGGGGUUGUGUGUAACAUGUUUGCAGAUUGUGGGAAUGCAGACAUUCUGAUUAUCAUGGAUGAAAGCGGAAGUGUUGGAUCAAAUCACUUUAAUACAAUGAAAACGUUUGUACGAGAUGUGAUUCGAGGUUUGAAUUCAGUUUUUUUUAGAUUUAGUGUCAUAACAUACAAUAGUUCCCCAAGAAAAAUAUUUGGAUUUCGCGACUUUGAUAAUCUAAAUGCCAUUAUGACAAGCAUUGAGCACAUUCAGUAUUUAAGUGGAGGAACGAGAACUGACAGAGCACUUGAAUACGCCAGGGUGUCUAUUUUUAACACCAAGAGGGCAGAUUCUGCUGGUAUAGUAAUUUUGUUUACGGAUGGAAUGUCCGGUAACUCUCAAAACACAAAAGACGAAGCUGCUUUACUGCGCAAUGAAGGAGUGCGCAUAUUUUCGAUUGGGGUUGGAAGUGGACCUAACAUAGAAGAGCUUCAGUCAAUCGCAUCGUCACCUAGCGAUGAACACGUCUUCCAAGUAUCAUCGUUCAGCGCUCUUUCACAUAUUCUCAAUGCAGUGCAAACCAGAACAUGUCAAGCGUCUGUGGAUGGUGGAUUCAGUGAAUGGGCUAUGUGGACACCAUGUAGUAGGACGUGCGGACAUGGACUCAAGUCAAGACGCCGGACAUGUACAAAUCCAGUACCUACCAGAAAUGGCAGAAACUGCACUGGAACUUACUCAGAAAAUACAGUAUGCAGUAUAGCAGGCUGCCCAGUGGACGGUAAUUGGGGACAUUGGAGUUCUUGGUUAGAUUGCAGUGUGACAUGCGGUACCGGCAAUCAAAUACGGAGAAGAUUAUGUUCAAAUCCAAGGCCUGAAAAUGGAGGUCGACAAUGUCAGGGAUCUAGCACAGAUACACUGACUUGUAAUCUUGGUUCUUGUCCUAUUCAUGGGGGUUUAAGUGAGUGGAAUAUGUGGUCUGUUUGCUCCGUUUCCUGUGGGGGUGGAUUCAAAACAAGAGAAAGAGCAUGCACCAAUCCAUCUCCACUACACGGGGGAUCCAAUUGCUCAGAUUAUUUUACAGAUUCAGAUAUCUGCAACACUUUUCCUUGUCCUGUAAAUGGUGGUUUUGGAAAUUGGGGUUCAUGGUCGGUGUGUUCCAAAAGCUGUGAAGGGGGAUAUAAAGUAAGGCGGAGGCUUUGUAAUUCACCAACACCCGAGUAUGGUGGUAAAAACUGUAUAGGAAAUGGUUCACAAAACCUAGCGUGCAACGAACUGCCUUGUCCAAUUAAUGGAGGAUUCACUGAAUGGAGCAACUGGACUGAUUGUUCCAAAAGUUGUGGAGGGGGUUUGAAUAUACGUAAUCGAUCAUGUACCAAUCCGUCACCUAAAUAUGGAGGAAAGCAUUGCAAAGGUAGUUUGUCUGAGACUCUAAAUUGUAAUGAGCAUCAGUGUCCUAUUGAUGGUGGUUUUUCAUUAUGGGGUGCAUGGUCCUCGUGCACUGUCUCUUGUGGUGGUGGAACCUUAUUACGAUCACGAUCCUGUACAAACCCUUCUCCUUUAUUUGGAGGUAAAAACUGCACUGGUAAUACCGAGCAAAUUAUAGACUGUAAUAUACAACUUUGUCCGAUUGAUGGAAAAUAUGGCGAUUGGACCACAUGGUCACAGUGUUCUAAUUCAUGUGGUGGGGGCUCCAAACUAAGAUUGCGAAGAUGUGACAAUCCUCUUCCUCAGAAUGGAGGUAAACAAUGUAACGGGAUCAAUGAAGAUCAUUUACAUUGCAACACUCAACCGUGUCCAGUUGAUGGACACUUCAGCGAGUGGGGGACAUGGACUCUUUGUUCUCAUAGCUGUGGAGGAGGCAUAAAAACGAGGUUUAGGCUGUGCAAUGAUCCUUUUCCGGCGUUUGGUGGAAAGAAUUGCUCGGGUUCGUUUCAACAAUUUUUUCAGUGUAACCCAUUACCAUGUCCAAUUGAUGGCGGUUUAAGCAUAUGGAAUGAAUGGUCACUCUGUUCGUCAACUUGUGGUGGAGGUAUUCAAAUAAGAAAUAGGUCAUGCACAAAUCCUGUCCCACAAAACGGGGGGAAAGAAUGCGAAGGGAAAACUACGGAUUCUCUCGAAUGCAAUAUUAAUGAAUGUCCAGUAGAUGGAAAUUUUUCUGAUUGGGGGGCUUGGACAAUGUGUUCGGUUACAUGUGGAGGAGGAACUAGAAUGCGAAGUCGCACCUGUACAAAUCCAUCUCCACAAUUUGGAGGAAAGGAAUGCUCCGAUGAAUCAGGGCAAUCUGAAAAUUGCAAUAACAUCAGUUGUCCAGUAGAUGGGGGUUAUAGCGAAUGGAGUGUAUGGGCAGAAUGUACCGUCCCGUGUGGGGGAGGAACUUCAAUGCGUGAAAGAACUUGUACAAAUCCAUCGCCACAACAUGGAGGUAAACAAUGCGAGGGAGAAGCUAAUGAAACAGUGGAGUGCAACACAAACAUUUGUUCAAUUUGUAACAACCCCGCAAUGGAAUUUGAAUGUCACAAUAAGGUGCACUGUAUAGACAAAGAUUAUGUUUGUGAUGGUUUACCAGAUUGUGCUGACAAUAGUGAUGAAAUUCCUGCUGUGUGCUAUGGUGGCGGUCAAGCCGAGAUGACUUGUCCAGAGGGCCUUUAUCGGUGCCCGGACGGUUCCUGUAAAACCGGGCCGGAAUGUUAAUGUUGUGGAACAUUUUGUUUGAGGAUAUUAAAGUACGAUUACUGAGUACAUUUAUGUAACAUGCUUUCUCCUGCUACUCUGUCUUCAAUGUAUAGUAAUUUUAUGCCUUCUUGUUUUAAAAAAUAUGCUUGUACUUGCAUGCUAUUUGUUA